CUUCGUUCCACCACUCCCUCCCCUCCCCUCUUCUCUCUCUCUCUUCUCCUUUCUCUGUUUUCUGGGUUUUCCUUUUUGGAUCUGUGUAUUGGAGAGAAUGGCGGCAGCAUCAGGAAACAAGAACAACGCACCAGCAGCAAUUGGGCUAGCGUGGGAACCCAAGCUACCUUGGCUUCCAGUUCCAGAUACAGCUUCAGCUUCUUCGUCCAGAAAUCACCUCCGCCGCCGCCACCACCAUUUGGGGCCGAAACUAGCACAAGCCCCUCCUCUUUUUCCUCCCAACAGGACGACCUCAUAGAUGGACUCUACCUUCCGCCUAACGACCCCAAAAAGCUCAAUAAAUUGAUCAGGAAACAACUCCGACACACUGCUGGCAAGCAUUGGUUUGACAUGCCUGCUCCGACUCUCACUCCCGAGUUAAAGAAAGACCUCCACCUCUUGAAGUUAAGGAAUGCUAUGGAUCCCAAGAGACACUACAAGAAGGGUGACUCGAGAUCAAAAACUCUUCCCAAAUACUUUCAGGUGGGGACUAUAAUAGAGUCUGCUUCAGAAUUCUAUACAGGUCGACUUACCAAGAAGGAGAGGAAGGCUACCCUUGCUGAUGAGCUACUCUCUGAUUCUAACCUUGCACUGUACAGGAAGCGCAAGGUUCAAGAGAUUGAAGAGCAAAACCGACCUGCUGGGGUUGACAAGUGGAAAAUAAGAGGACGGAAGUCCAUGAAGCGAGCUAAGCAAAUGAGGCAUUGACUGAGUUUUUAUUCAUCUAGAAAUGAAGAACUAUUCUGCUCG